AUGUCGACGACGGUUCCUCCUCCUCGUUCGAUUUCAGACCACGGCGAAAAAGGAGCGAACGAGGACGACGGGGCUUUAAAAACGACUUUUGGUGAAGAAAAAGGACAGAAACAACUUCCGUUCGUGUACUUGGAACCGUUUUUGGAUUGGAACGCAUUCAGAGACGACGAAGAAAACGAUGGAAAGAAAAAGAAGAGUUUCGAGUCUUCGUCGACGAGGGAUUCGUUCUUAGUGGACGCGGGCGGGUACCACGCUCGGUCUGGGUUUGUAUCUUCUUCUUCAAACGGACCGUCUCUGUUCUUUCGGUCGGUGACCACUCGCGGGUACUUUUUACCUAAAGAUUUGCUCGCCAAGAAAGGAGAGAAGACGAAAGGCGUCUUCGUCGGCGAGUAUAAUCCAAUCUUUCAAACGUCCGAGGAGUGCAACAAGAAAUCCCUAUUAGGUCGAUUUGAAUGCGGGAGAACGAGCGCGACGGUGAGUGCGAAAGAUAACGGGUUGUUUUGCGAUCAGGAGUUGUUCGAGGCCGUGGUGGCGAGAUGUUGUCGAGACUCGCGUUUGGCGACGUCGGCGAACGGAGAAGACGGAGAAUCUGUGCGAGAACGGAAAAUGAUCGCGACGGAACCGCUCGGGAAUCCCGUGCGAUUGAAAUCGGACGCGUGCGAGAUUAUUUUGGAGAAAAUUGGGUUUAAGGAGUUACAAUUAGUCAGCGAGUGCGAAUCGGUCGGCGCUUUAGAGAAGAUUGGUUCCGGCGCGGUUAUUAAUUUAGGUCACUCGAACUGUUCAAUCGUGCCUUUUUUGAACGGCAAAGCGCAAAUGCAAGGCGCGACGAGGGUAGACGUUGGCGGAGAAAAGUUAAUCGACUGCUUUGGAAAGAUGGCGUUGGAUUCGCAACGCGCAGAGAGCGUGCACAAGGCGAAUUUUUUGAACCAAAUGUUCGUGGAGACUGGGAAAAUCGGGAGCGGUCGCGCGGCGAUGGCGUUGCAAGGACAGUUGUUUCGAGAGAUGGCUCUCGUAUCGACAAAUUACGAGGAAGAAACAAAGGCAUGGAGAGACUGUUUGAACGGUAAAGAGUACGCAAAAACGAAAAUCUUACAAUUUACACCUCAAUACGGCAUCAAAGAGUUGGAUUUGAACGACGUCGUCGCGAAAGCGAAACACAACUUCGAUAAAAAAAUAGCCAUGGUGAAACGGUUUGCACAAGGAGACACUGUUCGAAACAACACGGAGAAGUAUGCGAGAGAAUUUGCAGCCAUAGAGAAAGAUCCGAGAGCAUUUUACGAAGGUUUGUUGAACGCGUUGGAGACUGCGGAGAAGAAUUUGAAGGACGCGCGAUACGCUCGAAGUUUAGAAGUUCGAGGCGUCACGGAGGAAGAAGCGAACGAGGAACGCGAGCGAGGAGGCGGUGGUAGAAAAGGCGUCAGGCGGCAAACUACCGCGGCGAGAAAACGCGCGAAGUUAAUGGCGAUGCAUGCUGGCAAUAAAGAAACGUUAGACGAAGUAGAAGCGGAAGAAAAACAAAACACGACCGACAAAGGGUUCGGCGACGGCGAAGACGAUUGGUCCAUGUAUUCACAAAUGGCGCGAGGUGCGGAUAAAGCCAUCGACGGCGAAAUAAAAGACCCGGGCGCGCAAAAAGUAUCCGCGUGCGAAUCGCUGUGGGAAAAAGCGAGAGCAGAGGUCUUAGCGGUGGACCCGCAAUACGAAAUCCGAAAAUUGUCCGGUAUGGAAGCUCGACAAUUGAAAGUGAGAGCCGAACGUAUUCGCGCGCCAGAAUCUUUGUUUCAUCCUGAGAUUUUAGCGUCCAAAGGUAUCGUUCGACAAGUGAAAGACACUCGUGGAGGUUUAGCCGCCAUUGUUGACGAGUUCAUCAUCCCGCAAGGCGGCGUACAAGACGCUUUAAAAGAAUCUUUCAAAAGAUGCGGCAAAGACGUCGAGCACGAAAUCUUGCAAGAGAAAGGCAAAGACGCUUCGAUCGUUUUAACCGGCGGACUCUCGCGCCUCCCUGGUUUGCAGACCCGUUUGCAGGACUACGUGAUUUCAAACUCAUACCCAGGCAUGGCGCCGACGGUGACGUUGAGUAAAAACGGUAGCAAAGACGGCAUUUUUGACGCUUGGAAAGGUUUAUCGUCUUUGUCGUCAUCGUCGUCAUCAGCGGGUAUCGUCGUCACUCGAGAUGAGUGGCUCGAACACGGCGAGAGCGUUUUUCAUUCCGAGAGAUGA